GCAAGGCUUGCUUUGCUAGCCCAUGACUCGCGCAACCCGCUGCCAGCAGAGUGGCAAGACUCGAGAAUCACAACUUGGCUGCGAGUCCCCGUGCUACUUAAAGCUUGCAGUGCGCCCGCCCCAUCAGUACGCAUCAAAGCAUACACAAGAAUCAAAUUAAAGUUAAAUAUCUGUGAGAUGGCCUCUAAAGGCCUAUCGCCACCAAAAUGGCGGACAGCUGCGGCCUCUUUUGGUCGUUUCCAUGCGAAUGCUAGGAACACAAGAUUCGUUUAGAUGUUGCCUCAAUUCGUAAGUGAAUUCAAUUUUAGCAAAUUUUACAGACACUUUUGGGUAAAUCACUGUGUGAAAGAACCAGAAAACUUCAUUGUCAUACCUCAUACCGCCCUCUGUCGGCCAACUUCGUAACUGUUUCUGACGUGACUCGUUUCCAACGGCUUUGCAACAGUCUCCGUCUCGUCUUGUUCCUUCAUGUUUCUGUACGACAUAAUGUUCUGGCUUGUGUCAAACUGUUUGUCAGCCUAGCGCCUAAAAAGAGUUUGUGUCAUCGGUGUGCACGUGAAAACAAUGCUCCAGGACGUCUCCAGUGUGUGAAGACUGCAUUGCGAGCUUGGUCGUCUGUGGAGGAAUGGGCGGUGCAGCGGUGUGAUUAUUGUGCUACGACCCAACAAUCGCCAUGCAGAACGGUUGCGCGACCGGUUCCGCAAGAACCCUUCUUGUCCAGGAGUUCAAGGAGUGGAAGAAUGAAAACAAAGCAUCUUUGUCACUCGUCAGCGACAGCAUUUGCGACGACGGCCGAGUCUGCUUGAAACUGAGCCUCGGACGCGACAAGAUCUUCUCGCUGUUGUGUCCCGCGGAGUACCCCGAAUAUGAGGACAACUUCUUCGCCGAGUCCGAAUCCGUCAACCACUUGUGGUUGAACGCUCUCAAUGAGUUUAUCCUAGAUUCUGAUGUGGGGCUAACGCUAGAGGCCAUUCUUUGGAAAGCUAACUCGUUGGAUUCCCGGGUUCGGUAUAGUCCCUCCAACAGUUCUGAUGAUGAAGAUGAAAACGAAGAAUUCAUGGUCUUGGAAGAGGAGGAUGAAGAGGAUCUCAUGGAAAGGGCGUUAUGGGAUAAAGAAAAACAGUGGAGAGCUAAAGAGGCCAAGAUAAGAGCUUCUAUGAAAGAAGCAGAAGAAUCUGGACCUUCCACAUCAACUGGUGGGGGUGUCAAAGACCAGAAGUCGUUACAGGUUUUCAGCAACUUUGCUGCUUCCGGAAUUUUGACCAAUGAUCUCAAGCACAUCAUCAAAACUGCUAGUGAAACUGGCAUUGAUGUCGAACCCAUUGAUAGCAAUAUCUAUGAGUGGUCUGUGAGGUUCAGCAAGUUCGAUCCAAACAGCAAGCUGCAGCAGGACUUGAACCUUCUCAAAGAAACUCAUGGUAUUGGCUACAUUGAACUCCAGCUCGAGUUCACAAUGGAUUUGUACCCGUUCUAUCCCCCUGUGACCAAGAUGGUUCGUCCUCGACCUGAGGGAUCCGUGCGUUUCAUGCUCGCUUGCCUGGAUAUUCUGAAACUAUCAUCCUGGAACCCCACGUGUGGCAUGAUAACUGUUCUUGAAGAAAUAAAGGACUAUCUUGCUAAGCAUGCUGUUCUUCAUGUUGAUACUGCGUUCCGAUCAAGUAUUCUUCUACCCAUUGAAAAUAGCCUGCUGCAACUGGCUCUUGUCAGUGAAGUUAUGCCUCAUGAGAUCGCUGGUGCUGUAGCUCGACCCAAGUCUGGCAUUUAUGGAUCUAGUAGUACUUCAUUGACCAAGUCCAACCCGUCAAGUAUGUCGAGCCUGUCAGGAGCGUCUGGCUCUUCGAGUGUCGCUGGGCCCUCAGGGGUCAUGGGAUCUUCUGCUGCAUCCACUGCCGACACAUCUGGAGCGUCAGGUACAUCUAUGUCUUCAUCUUCAUCUACUUCAUCCACCUCAUCAACAUGUUCUUUGGUUUCUGAUACAUCAAAAACAUCAAUGAAUGGAGAAGACAAUGACAAAGUCAUCCCCAACCCCGUCAAUGUAUUUUUACUCACAAAUGACAAAUUGACAGCACCCAAAAGUCAUCCCGUAUUUAUGUCUGGUCCUUUAACAAGUUCCACAUUUUCAGAAGACUAUUCCCUCCUCAAGAACAAGGUGAUGAAUGCUUUGCGGCAAAAUAUUGGCAAGAAACCUAAAUUUCCUGAUGGCACUGGCUACAGCACAUUCAGCGACAAAGGUUGGGACAUCAAUGCUCACAUAGCGGUGGAGAAAGAAAAAGACAAGAAGAUAGAGGCUGUUUUGCAGAUAAUUCUGCUGGAUUUGCAAGAGUACCUUCAGCAUUAUGACCGGUGGUUAAAACCAGCUGAUGAACCUAUGGCUGAUGGUUCAGAAAUAAACGAUGAGGCGAUGGUUUGCAAUGGCCACCCCAGUCAACCAUCUGCAACAAAAACAGUUCCUGAGUCGACAUCUUCAGAGGCAGCCCAAGCCCAGACUGUGACUUCAAAUGACAAAAGUGCAAGUCCCUUAGGGAAAGACAAAGUCCAUUUUCCUAAUCAGAGUGACGCCACUCGGCAACUUUAUGAGGCUUUAGAGGCAUCGACACUCAUCCCUUUCAUUGAGCAAAAGCUACAGGUGGACUCAUUCCUUGAGAUCUGUCGCCACAAGUCAGUGUAUAGAUGUGUGAUUGACAUUCUUUCACUGAUUGCUGGUAGACUUUGGCUUGCAAGAUUGCUGUGGAAACAACCAGGUCAAAAGAAAUCUAUCUAUUCUCUUCUACUAGGUAUUAAAGACAAGGCACAGAAAGUUCUUGACAGAUAUAAGAUUGCAGCUGAAUCUAGUCACUCUAAAAAUGAAAAGAAAGGCAAAAAGCGUGCCAAUUCAGGUAGCCGGGAUAAAGAUAAGACAACUAGAAGAAGUAAAGUUGGAACAGCGUCCAAUUCCAAUCCAUUGGGAAUGGAUGACUCUGAGGAAGAGGCAGGCCCCUCUGGUGCUAUCAAUAUCCAUGGUGCAGUGGACUUCAAUGAGUUGCACGGCUUGCAUGGGGACUAUCCUCUGGACGAUUCUGACGGCUCUGACGUGUUGGCACAUUUUGAUGAAUUUGGGCAAGGAUUUCCGUCCUCACCCAACAAAAAGGGUGUUACCACAAGAAGCGGUUGGAACCUGGGGAAAAAUCAAAAGGCUAAAUCAUGGAACGCAUCUGCUAAGGGAGCUAGUGGAAGCUCUGGGAAGGCCUCAUCUAGUGCUACAAAAUCUUCUUCAAGUGCUACAAAGUCCUCUUCGAGUACAAGCAAGGCCGCAGCAGCAAGCACUGCUAAGGCAUCCACCAGUUCCCCCAAAGCUUCUGGAAGUGCCUUGAAGCCUGCAGCUGCUGGGCCCUCCAAAGUGCCCGUCAGCACGAAAGCUCCUGCCAGCGCCUCAAAGGCGUCUGCUUGCUUCUUGUCCAAGCCUCAGAUGCCCAGCACCUCAAAAGCCCCUGCAGCUAUGCUCAACAUGGAUGGUCCCUCUGGAGGCAUUUCUGGGCUGCAUUUUGGAUCCUAUAAGCUGAAACUAUUUCAAGGCAAGCAGGAUCCCAAGAAAGGAGGUCCCAGUACAUCUGGCUCAUCCUCAUCAAGCAACAGUGCUGCUAAGGAUGAGACCUCCUCUGUUGGCCUUACCGGCAUUUUAGCUAAUAUAGGGCUGACGUGGCCCCCCUCUUGGUCUGCUGUAACCCAUGACCAUGACCCUCCCCCAAUAGACAUUACCCCACUGGAUCCUGCGGGUGAUGAGCAGCUUGCUCAGGACUUCUUCGAUCUUGCCUUGAAAGUUGAGAAAGUGAUUGAACAAUUAGGCUACCCUGGUUGUGACUCCCCUGAGCACUCUGACGAUCCGUUGGAAAUGCGAAGGGCCUCUGUUAUAACAUCAACAUCUCAAGUCUUAAAUGAAGAACUUGCAACCAAGUAUAUCUCUGCUCUGAAGGAGAUGCAAUUUGAUAGCUGUGAUAUUGAUGUAUCAAAUUCGUCAUCCCAUACAUACAUUGCGAAUUUCAAUUCUGCUUUGCCACCUGGGCGUGCUCAAAUGAUGAGGAUUGCUCAAGAACUGGCCUCGUUCUCCACAUCCUUGCCCUUAGAUCUUGCUUCAGCCAUAUUUGUGAGAUCGGAUGAUGCUAAAAUGACACUCCUUAAAGCAAUGAUCAUUGGUCCUGAUGGAACUCCAUAUGCAAGUGGAUGUUUCUUAUUUGAUAUUUUCCUCCCUGCAAAUUAUCCGAAAUCUCCUCCCAAAGUGACACUAAGAACUACCGGAAGAGGGACAGUUCGAUUCAAUCCCAAUCUUUAUGCAAAUGGUAAAGUGUGUCUGUCACUUCUGGACACAUGGAAUGGACUGCAAGGAGAACAGUGGAAUGAAACUUCCACACUACUACAGGUUCUGGUGUCAAUUCAAAGUUUAAUCAUGGUAGCAGAGCCUUAUUUCAAUGAGCCUGGAUAUGACUCAUUGAUGGGCACAGUAGAUGGCAAAUCUGCAAGUGAAUCUUACAACCAUAAUGUUAAGUUAAACACAGUUCGUCUUGCCAUGAUAGAAAUGCUCAAAUACCCACCUGCGGACUUCCAGGAAGUUAUUAAAACCCACUUCAGAAUAAAGCGAAGGCGUAUCAUUCAGGACAUUGAUGAUUACCUUGCUGCUUAUCCUACUCUUACCUCACUAGCCAAGUCAAGCAAAGCCCUCAAGUCUGAGUUGAUGAAGCUCAAGGACUGAACACAGUAUUUAUCAGCAUGGACCAAGAUUCAUGUGUUUCUGUUCUCCAUUGUUUCUCCACAUCUACUUAGGAUUUUUUUAUCAUUUUUUUUAAAGUCAGAGUGUUUGAUGUGGGAUUUGUGGUUUCUUCAUUGCCUUCUGGAGGUGGAGAUGUGAUCAACUAUAGACUUGAUAGUGCUAGACAUGCUUGUGGUGUUUUGACUGUUAUUCAAAAUCUGGAAAAAAAUUAAGACAAAAACAAAACAAAAAAAAAGUAACGAUAAAAAGGGGUUAUAAAAUUGUGACAUAUCUUAUGAAUACAGUGUAUGUUGAAGGUCAUGUUUUUACGGAGCUACUGCAUAAAUUGACUCUCUGGGUGAAUUGUGCCUUUGGCCAUUGUGGUAUAGAAACGUAACCACUUUGAUGUUAAACUCUUUAAUUUUUAACCCAUGUCUUCUUGGAAAAAAUUAUUUUAGUGUAUCUUCUGGAGUGGGUUGCUCUAAGCCUAUUAAAAUCAUGAUUACCACUGUCAUCUAGUCAGGUCAAGGUAGCUUCAUGUAUGUAAACUAACUGUAUGUCAGUGUUUUUGUAAGCUCGUCUGAGCUUUUUCUGUAUCUUUUCCAUCAUAUGUUUCUUUGUUCUAAUCAUAGUUGUAUGGUUGUCAGUGGUUUCUAUGACCUUCAGCCUCUGAAUUUUUUUUUAUCCAAUUGGGGAUCAAACUGUUUCCUUUUAUUUUUCCUUUAUUUCCCUAACUUACUGAUCAGUCUGUUCUUCAAAAUGACUUAGAAUCCCUUGUUCUUGUUGCUACAAGCCACGUUAGUACAUUAUGUAUCUAGUAAUUUAAAAAAGAAAAUCUUAUCUCAUAUUUUAAUGUAUAGAAAUGUUAUUGUUUUUGUUCUCGAUAAAGCUUAUAAAUUUGUUCAAAUUGAAAUUAUGCGUAGGGACGUUAACGCAUAGCUCUCUUAUGAGAUCCACUGCACUUAUGUCGCUUUAGUGCGUUGAGGAAGUUUCUCUUCUUUUAUGGGUUGUAUGUCCUGAAAAAUAAAUUUUAAUUCUUUGUGAUAAUAGGUGUGCUUAGCAAUUAAAAUACGUGUAAGGUUUAUGUUUGCAGAGGAAUUUCAGUCAAACAUUUGACUUUGCUUUGUGUUAUUAUUAAGAAAUUGCAGAGAUUUUUGGUUGUUUUUAAUCAGAAGCAGUCAGAUAUUUCCUACUGUAAAGAUCUGAUCUGAAGAAACUAGUUUAUAAUAUUACCAAAUGUUUUCUUUGCUGCCUUGUUUCAUUCUCUUGGUUCUUUGCUUUUUAAUUUCAUUGUCCAUGUGUGUUCAAGCCAACAAAUGUUACUGUCUUAUUUACGUUCUUGUUACUGUUGCAGUUAUUUUGUUUGUGGCAGCUGACUGUGAGCAUUUGAGUUUCAAACAUGCAAAUUAGAACUAUGUAAGUUGAUGUCCAGUGUAGUGUUUGAUAUGGAACACACCUUACUUCAUUGAACUGAUAAAUUUGCAUGUGCUGUUUUCUAUUUUUCUUUUUUCUUGCACAAUUAUAUCUGGAUGUUGCCUGUAGCUUCUUAAGUUUUUAAAAAUCCAAUUGGGGAUCAAACUAUUUACUUUUCUUUUCCCUUUAUUUCCUCAACUUUAAGAUCAGUCUGUUUUCUCUGUACAUUUAUUGUUAUUGUGGCAACAUUGUUGGAUUAAAAUUGGUUAUCAAAGCAAUUUA